AUGAAUAAUUAAAAGCUCAUCAACAAUACAUAUAUAACCAAAAAGAGAAUUUCUUCUGGUUCUUUUGGUGUUGUAUAUUUAGGACAAGAUAUCAAUACUCGAAAUUUUGUAGCAAUAAAAGUUGAUAAGGAAAAUAAAGAAGAGUCCAGUCUUCAAAGAGAAGUAAAAUAAAAAUAUAUUAUCAUAAUAGGCAGAAAUACUGAGAAGACUACAACAUUUAAAACAUAUUCCAAAACUAUAUUGGUCAGGAAGAGAAGGAGAUUCAACAUAUUUAGUGAUUCAAUAUUUAGGAAGAGAUUUAACACAUUACUUAAAAAAUUAUCGUAAAUUUUCUUUAAAAUGUGUUCUUAAUAUUGCAGAACAAAUGAUAAUUAUUUUAGAAAGUCUUCAUAAAUAGUAAAAAUAUUUGUUUUAAUUUCAGUAAUGUAAUACAUAGAGAUAUAAAACCAGAAAAUAUCUUGGUUGGUAAAGAGGAUGAAGAAAAUCAACUUUUUAUUGUAGACUUUGGGAUUAGUAAGUUUUAUAAAGAUGAAAACGAAUCACAUAUGUAAUAACAAUAUUCUAUUCUAUAAUCUUAGAUCUUUAAGAGAUAAACAACCAUUUAUAGGAACUACACGAUAUGCAAGUACCAAUGCUCAUAAGGGAUUAUCUUUGAGUAGAAGAGAUGACAUGGAAUCUUUAUGUUAUAUGUUGAUCUACUUAUUAAAAGGUAUUUAUUGAUGGAACAUAAUUUAAGGUUAACUUCCAUGGUAAAAUCUUCAGUUUACAUCAGAAGAGGAUAAAAUAAAUUAAGUUGGCUAAUUAAAAAUGAAAAUAGACACAAAUGAAUUAUGUUAAGGAUUACCUAUAGAAUUUGCUAGAUAUUUAGACUAUGUUAAAGGAUUACCAUUUAAAUCAGAACCAAACUAUAAAUAUUGUUUAUCAUUAUUCAGAAAGAUUUCAAAUGAACAUAAUUAUUUAUCAAAAGAACUUAUUUUUGAUUGGAUAAUCUCAUAAAAAACUGAUAGAGAAGGAUAAUCAUCAAGCAGUAAUCUCCUUAAUAGCAAACCUUCUUUGUAAAUUAUUAAUUUAAAAUUCUUAGGUUUAAGAAAUCCAAAGAAGAUCUUUCUUCUUGUAAUAAUCUUCUAGGUUCAUAAUUAAAUUAAUCAAUAGAGUAAGAUAUGAAUUCAUUACUAAAAAUGCCUGAUAAAAAGAGAUCUACUCUUACACCAGAAAUUAAUCGUAAAAAAAAUAGGUUAUAAUCUAUCAGUAGUAAUAAUGAUACUGUUUCAGAUAAUGAUUUUAAUAAUAGUAUUAUGAUUGGAAUACAACCUAGUAUUUUAAGUCGAUUAAGUAGAAUUUCUUUUAAUUCAAAUUCAAAAUUUUAGAAUAGUAAGUCUAAUAAUUCUGGUACUCCAAAUAUUCAUCAAUAUGAUCAUCUUAUCUCUAUUUCUCCAGAUUCUAAUUUGGAGAAUCUAUUAAAUGGAUAGAAAUUAAGAUCUAAUAUGAGUCAAUCCUUCAAUCAAAUACUAAAAGAAGAUGAUACAACUAUUGAAUUUUAGAAGAUGAAUGAAGGAGAUGAAGGAAUAGAGAAGAAAUAUAUAGAGCUUAAACUUCGUUUUGUUAGAGCGUAUGUAAAUUUUAUAUAUAAUGUAGUCGCUUUAAACCUGGACUAAACAAUAAUCUAAAAAAAUGA